GCCUAAUAAAUUAUUUUGAGAGAAUCAGACUAAAUACCAAAUCUAUAAAAAAACAAGGUCCUUCCUUUGAUAUUUUUAAGUGAUCCGACGAGGAAAUAUAACCGAAGAGAUCAUCAUAGCAUCUAAAUCACAACGUCGCCGUCUUCUUCUUCUUGUUCUUCUUCUGGAACAGACAAAAUAAUCUCUCUCUCUCCUCUUCUUCACAAACAAUUAGGACAAAAGGGGUUUUCAUUCAAGUUGUUGGGUUUUUGUUUCUUCCUCAUCUCUGAGAAUCUCCGUCCAAUCUUCAAUCAUCUUUUUUUUCAGGUCUUGUAAAUUCGCAAAAAACAAACAAUGGUUGAGCGAGGGAAGAGAACUCAUAACCGUAGCAGAGACGAUAACAGCGAGAACAGCAGAGAUCAAAAGAGACGACUUUCUUACGAAACAGAAGAGAAGAUCAAAGACGACCUCGUCGUGUACAGAAUCCUCUGCCCUAGUGGAGUCAUCGGGAGUGUGAUAGGCAAAAGCGGGAAAGUCAUCAACGUGAUCAGGCAAGAGACGAGAGCGAGAAUCAAAGUCGUAGAUCCGUUCCCAGGCUGUAGCGAGAGAGUCAUAACGAUCUAUUGCUCGGUCAAGGAGAAGAAAGACGUUGUCGAUAUAGAGAACAGCGAACCUAGCUACACAGAGCAGCAGAUCACUCCUCUGUGCCACGCUCAAGAUGCUCUUCUUAAACUCCACAACGCCAUUGUUACUUCUUUAGCUACUGCUGCAGAGAACACUAAGAUAGACAGGGAUGAUCUUAGAGAAUGUAGACUGUUAGUUCCCUCUAGUCAAUGUUCUAACGUGAUUGGUAAAUCUGGCUCGACGGUUAAGAAGAUUAGGAGUAGAACCGGAGCUAACGUUAGGAUCGUCUCUAAAGAUGUCGCAGACCCUUCACACGCUUGCGCCAUGGAUUUCGACAACAUCGUCUCGAUAUCCGGCGAGACUGAGUCGGUGAAGAAGGCGAUUUUCGCAGUUUCUGCAAUCAUGUACAAGUUCAGUCCUAGAGAACAGAUCUCUCUUGAUUCAUCUCUUCAAGAAGUUCCUCCUGCUAGCAUCAUAAUCCCGUCUGAUCUCUCAAUCUAUCCCCAAACCGGUUUAUACCCGAACCAAGAACCUAUCUUCCAGCACGGAGCCAGUGUUCCUUCGUUUAUCGGUUAUGGAGAAACCGCCUCGAACCCAGUCCCGGUUUUCUCUUCUUCCUCUCUUCCUAUGGUUCACCAUGGCUUCGGGAACUCUUCAAGGUCGGAGGAGCUUGUUGUAAGAGUCCUCUGUUCCUCUUCCAACAUCGGCCGUGUGAUCGGGAAAGGAGGUUCGAUCAUUAAGGGGAUGAGGCAAGCGACCGGGUCUCACAUCGAGGUUAAUGACUCGAGAGGGAACCGUGAUGAAGACUGUGUCAUCACCGUGACUUCUAGAGAGUCUCCUGAUGAUUUGAAGUCUAUGGCUGUUGAAGCUCUUCUUUUGCUUCAGGACAAGAUCAACGAUGAAGACGAGGAGAAGGCUAAAAUGCAGCUUCUUGUGCCUUCUAAGGUAAUAGGAUGCAUUAUAGGGAAGAGCGGCUCGAUCAUAAGCGAGAUCAGGAAAAGGACUAACGCAGAUAUUCAUAUCUCGAAAGGGAGUACUAAGCCUAAGUGUGCUGAUCCAAACGAUGAGCUCGUUGAGAUAACGGGUGAAGCAAGCAAUGUGAAAGAUGGUCUUAUUCAGAUUGUUUUGAGGCUUAGAGAUGAUGUUUUGAGAGACAGAGAGACUGGUUCUUCCAGGAAUAAUAACCAACCUCCUGCAAGAACUGAGAAUAACAGUUUCUUCUCUUCGAGUAGUGGUGGUAGUAAUGCUGCUCUUGUGCUGCCUCCAUCUUUCAUGUCCUCUGUUCCGCAAGUUCCUCCGGUUGAUUUCGAUAGGAGACGAGAAACCGGGAGUAGCAUGAGUAUGCUUACUUCGAGCGGCGGACUUUAUGGUUAUGGAAGUUUUCCGCCGGGAAAUAACAGUUAUGGAUCAAACUCUUCGUACACAGCUAAUAAUAUAUAUGGAGGGUUGCCUCAGUCUACUAGUACCAUGGAGAUUCGAAUCCCUUCAAAUGCAGUGGGUAAAGUAAUGGGGAAAGGAGGAGGCAACUUGGAUAACAUAAGAAGGAUAUCAGGAGCUAUGAUAGAAAUUUCUGAUUCCAAAACUUUCCAUGGCGGUCGCGUUGCUCUCGUUUCCGGGACACCUGAACAGAAGCGUACCGCAGAGAACUUGUUCCAAGCUUUUAUCAUGUCCACUUGAAUACUUUGCUGUGUCUUUCUAGCUCUCAGUGGUUCUCAGGCUUUCCCUUCUCCUUUCGUCAAGCUCCAUGGUUGCAUCUGUCAUCAAACUUUCCAUUUCGGUAAACUUUAUGGUUUCUCAGUGCUAGGACAUCUUAUAGUCUUACAGGACACCAUUCUUUCUCCCUUUCCUUGCGACCUGUUCGUGCAAUAAAAUGCUUUUCUCUUUGCAAUAAAAACAAUCGUUCUUUUUUUAUCAAUCAAGCUUUUUUGCUUGAUUUCUCCACAUAUUGAAUCGGGUCUGCUUUGUGCGUACUCCAAACCAGCCCUAUCAGUUAUGUCUCAGCUUCUUUAUACGCUAAAGUAUACUCAUCACAUCAUAGUUCUUGGUAUUCUGGAGAUUUCUGCAGUGAACAGCCAUAGUUAUAAUAAGCCUAUAGUAGUAGCCUAGUGAUCUUCAAGAAUCAGUAGUCUUUAGAAUCUCUGCUCCUUGAUGACCGGAAUGGUUUCUGCUUCAUAGAAUCUAUUGAUGUUGCAAUCUCAUAAUUUGGAAUCCGUUGGUUUACUAGUAGAAACACUUUCUGACCCAUUCUCUGCUACAAGCUCCAUUGACUAAGUCCUCUUUUCCCAGAUGAUAUCCCGUGAACUCUGAUCGUGUAUCUGUCCAUACUCAGUCGUGAUCUGGUACGGCUUUUGGGUUAUCAGUAGAGGAUUUUUAGUAUUACAACCCGGCAACACUUCUGAAUGUGAUGUGUUUUCACAUUGGCUUUUGCGGUCUGUUUAGCAUUUAUCCGGUUUUGAUCAAUUUUUUUCUGACUAGCCUUACAUAUUCACACAUCGUUUCUCUACUUCUCUAGUUCUCAUUUCAUUUUCUGCAACAAUGGGGUUCAUGAAAUGUGAUGUAUAGUUUAGUUCUUAGCAGUUGUAGUCUUCUUUAUCUUUGGAACAGAUAGUUUCUUAAAAGCAGAUGAUCCAUUUGCCAGGUUGUGUAGUUUGGCAAAGCUUUUUAUUUUGUGGUCAUGCAGAGGAGUAGUACUAGUGGUUUACAUUACGCAAUUCUAAGUGUGUUUUUCAACAUUUUUCCAAACAUAUGUUAACGAUAUAUUUUAUUCUAAUAUACAGCCAAAAUAUUUCGAAACUUAGAUUAAGAUACAUUAUUGAUAUAUCAGCAUCGAAUUUGACUAAUCAGAAAGAGAAAGCCUUCGAAAAAAUCUCGAGUAAUGGAACAUUUCCCUGUUUUACUGAUGCAAAAUGUAACCGGAAAAAUGCAAUUGAACCAAACCUGAUUUAAUUUGGGUUUAGCUUCUGUAAUAUUGAUAAAACCGAAAAACCGGGAACCAAAACCGUAAAUCGAUUUUGAAGUCCCUAACAAUUGUUAAGUGAUAACCUUUAAACUUUGCAUUUCGAGGAGUGAUUGAUCAUUUUCCUCGGAAAACGAGAACAAGAGUAAGAAGAAGAGGGCCCCAACAAAACGUUUGCUUCCAACUCUGAAAGACUCUAAUGGCAGCGACGAGACGGUUGCUUCAGCGUGUGUCAACCAGAAUUUCUACCGCCGGAGCACGGCGGAGUUAUGGCGGUCAGCCGCAAUCGAGCUCCAAAUCUCCGUCUUCUUCUCAGCGAUUGAUGGGAUUGGAAUCCGAAUUCAGCGCCCACAAUUACCAUCCUGUUCCGGUUGUGUUCUCUCGCGCAAAUGGCUCAACGAUAUGGGACCCUGAAGGAAAAAGAUACAUCGAUUUUCUUGCAGCUUACUCCGCAGUUAAUCAGGGACAUUGCCAUCCUAAGAUCAUCAAGGCAUUGCAGGAACAAGUGGAGAAGCUCACUUUAAGCUCAAGAGCAUUCUAUAACGACAAGUUCCCUGUAUUCGCAGAGCGUCUCACGAACAUGUUCGGUUAUGAGAUGGUGCUUCCUAUGAACACUGGUGCUGAAGGUGUCGAGACCGCUCUGAAAAUAGCAAGAAAAUGGGGUCACGAGAAGAAAAACAUACCUAAAGAUGAGGCUAUAAUUGUCUCUUGCUGUGGCUGCUUUCAUGGUCGUACAUUAGCAGUUAUCUCCAUGAGUUGUGACAAUGAUGCUACUCGUGGAUUCGGACCAUUGUUGCCUGGGAAUCUUAAAGUUGAUUUUGGUGACGCUGAUUCACUUGAGAAGAUCUUUAAAGAAAAAGGAGAUAAGAUCGCUGGAUUUCUUUUCGAGCCUAUUCAAGGAGAAGCUGGAGUUGUGAUUCCUCCUGAUGGUUAUUUGAAAGCUGUUAGAGAGCUCUGCACGAAACACAACGUUUUGAUGAUAGCGGAUGAAGUACAAAGCGGUCUAGCGAGAUCCGGGAAGAUGUUAGCUUGUGACUGGGAAGACAUUCGUCCUGACAUGGUGAUUCUUGGGAAAGCAUUAGGGGGAGGAGUGAUUCCAGUGAGUGCAGUGCUUGCUGAUAAAGAUGUGAUGCUUCAUAUCAAACCUGGCCAACACGGAAGCACAUUUGGUGGGAACCCUCUAGCUAGUGCUGUAGCUAUGGCUUCUUUAGAUGUUAUUGAAGAAGAAAAACUUGUCGAAAGAUCAGCAAGUCUCGGAGAAGAGCUAAGGAUUCAGUUGAAUGAAAUCAAGAAACAGUUUCCUAGUUACAUAAAAGAAGUGCGAGGAAGAGGAUUGUUCAAUGCGGUUGAGUUUAACAGCGAAAGCUUAUCUCCGGUUUCUGCUUACGAUAUUUGCUUGAGCUUGAAGGAGAGAGGAGUAUUGGCUAAACCGACUCACAACACCAUUGUCCGGUUAACUCCACCACUCUCCAUAAGCUCUGAUGAACUCCGAGAAGGCUCUAAGGCUCUUCAUGAUGUUCUUGAGGUCGAUCUUCCAAAUCUGCGGAAAAUCAACGCCGUGACAUCAAGAUCGAAACUUUUAAUUGCAGAAAUGGCGGCGGCUUUAGCUUCCAGAAUCUCCCGUGGAGGACGUUCACUGCUUGGAGGUCUUAAGAAUGAUUUCUCUGGAUUGAUGAAUUCUUCCAAUGGAAUGAUGAAUGAAACUAUCCUCUCUCAGCAACAACAGCGAAGGACGUUUAUUCAAAUGGGGACGGUUCUAAAAGUGGUGGACAACUCUGGAGCGAAGAAAGUGAUGUGUAUUCAAGCUCUAAAGAGCAAGAAAGGAGCAAGGCUUGGGGAUACAAUAGUUGCUUCGGUGAAAGAAGCGAUGCCAAACGGUAAAGUGAAGAAAGGAACGGUUGUGUAUGGUGUGGUUGUUCGAGCUGCGAUGCAGAGAGGCCGUGUUGAUGGAAGCGAGGUUAGGUUUGAUGAUAAUGCGGUUGUUCUUGUUGAGAAUAAAGACAAGAAGAUCAAAACCGAUCGCCAACCAAUUGGUACUCGUGUGUUUGGUCCUGUUCCUCACGAGCUUCGCAAGAAGAAACAUCUCAAGAUUCUUGCUUUGGCUCAACACAUUGCUUGAAGACAACAACCUAAACCACUUAGUGUCUUUUUUUUUUUUUUUUGUUGAUUCUUCGUUGAGCUCGAAACUUUGUUGUGUACAAGGAAUUAGAGGUUUUCAAAAUGUUGUUUGAAUUUUUUUUCCGGUCAUGAAUUACAAAUUCUGAAUGAAAGGCAAAAAUAAUUCAGCUCGGUUUGAAUGUAGAUUUCACAUUUUUAUUGAAAACUAUAUUUCUUGUAUCA